AUGCUGACCCUGGAGAGCCCCCACCCUGGUGGGGACAGCGCGGACAUCAUGGAGCUUCGUGGCGGAACGACGGAGACGGACGGCCUGCGGCCCAAUGAGGAUGCAGGCGAUCGGCACCCCUUCCGGAGGGUCUACGCGCUCAAGCCGCUCCGCUCCCAGGGCCCGCUCUUCCUCCCAGGGGUGCCCGUCACCGUGCGGGUGGAGGGGACGGAGAGAUACACCACCGGCUCCAAGGUGCGGCCCAACACGGUCUACUCCCUCCGGCUGACCCACGGCGAAUUCACGUGGACCAUGAAAAAGAAGUUCAGACAUUUCCAAGAGCUGCACCGGGAGCUGAUGAGGCACAAGAUUCUCCUCACCAUCCUCCCUCUCUCCCGGUUUGCUCUGCAGGGGUCCCCGCUGGGAGGAACAUCCCUGGAGUUGCCUUCUCUGCCCCACGGGAGUGGGGAUGAGGGCUCCCGACGGCCAUCCAGCAAACAGAAACAGCUCGAAAGCUACCUCAAUGCACUACUGGAGAUAAGCCUGUAUCGGGACUACCACGGGAUGACAGAGUUCCUGGAUGUGAGCCAGCUCUCCUUCAUUCCGGAUCUGGGACCCAAGGGGCUGGAAGGCAUGAUCCUGAAGCGGUCCGGGGGACACCGGAUCCCAGGUCUGAACUGCACUGGGCGCCACCAGUUCUGCUACCGCUGGUCAAAAAGGUGGCUGGUGGUGAAGGAUUCCUUCCUUCUGUACCUGAAGCCGGAUUCGGGACACAUCUCCUGCGUGCUGCUCUUUGACCCGGGAUUCAACAUCCAAGUGGGCCAGAAGCCCACCGAGACCAAAUACGGGGUCCGGGUCGACAACACUUGCAGGUCGCUGAUCUUGAAGUGCAGCAGCUACCGCCAGGCCUGCUGGUGGGCUCAGGAGAUCUCCGACCUGGCAGAGAACAAAGGGCGCAACUUCCUGCGGCUGCAUCGCCACCAGGGGUUUGCCCCUGUGCGCACGGAGACCCCUGCCCACUGGUUUGUAAAUGGUGCUGGAUAUUUUGCUGCUGUGGCGGACGCUCUGCUGAAGGCCAAGGAAGAGAUCUUCAUUGCAGACUGGUGGCUCAGCCCGGAGAUCUACCUGAAGCGCCCGGCCCAGACAGACGACUGGCGCUUGGACCUCCUCCUGAAGCACAAAGCGGAGGAGGGGGUGUGCAUCUGCAUCCUGCUCUUCAAGGAGGUGGAGCUGGCCCUGGGCAUCAACAGUGGCUACAGCAAGAGGGCCCUGCAGCUGCUGCACCCCAACAUCAAGGUCAUGCGCCACCCUGACCACGUCUCCUCCACUGUCGUCCUGUGGGCCCACCACGAGAAGCUGGUGGUGGUGGAUCAAUCGGUGGCCUUCCUGGGGGGGCUGGAUCUGGCCUACGGGCGCUGGGACACCCACGACUACCGUAUUGCAGACCUGGAUGGUGAUGACAGGCCUAAGGUGAGGGAGCCCUCUCUGCCCGCCCCGCUCGAUGCCCCCUUUGACUUGGCCGCCAACCAGCGCCUCUGGCUGGGCAAGGACUACGGCAACCUCAUCGCCAAAGACUGGGUGCAGCUGGACAAGCCCUUUGAAGAUUUUAUUGACAGGCACCAGACUCCUCGAAUGCCUUGGCGGGACGUGGGGGUGGCCAUUCAUGGUUUGGCCGCGCACGAUGUCGCCCGCCACUUUGUCCAGCGCUGGAACUUCACAAAGAUAAUGAAGACGAAGUAUAAAGGGCCCGACUAUCCUUACCUGCUGCCUAAGUCCCCCCGAGUGACUCCGCCCCUGCCGUUCCUUGUGCCAGGUGCUCAGACUGCCAGUGUCCAGGUGUUGCGUUCGGUGGAUCGCUGGUCAGCCGGCCUCAACGAGUCUUCCAUCUACCGAGCCUACCUCAGUGUCAUUGAGGAAAGCCAGCAUUACCUGUACAUUGAGAACCAGUUCUUCAUCAGCUGCGCAGACAGGCGCUGUGUGUAUAACACCGUGGGGGACGCCGUCGCCAGCCGAGUGCUGCGCGCUCACAGAGAGCAGAGGCCGUUCCGCGUCUACGUCCUGCUCCCCCUCCUGCCGGGCUUUGAGGGGGACAUGGCCCGCGGGGGCGGAAACUCCAUCCAAGCCAUCUUACACUUCACCUACCGGACCCUUUGUCGUGGGGACUCCUCCAUCGUCAGUCGCCUGCAGGCCGUCAUGGGAGAGGACUGGAAGAACUACAUCUCUUUCUGUGGGCUGCGGACGCACGGCCAGCUGCGGGGCCAGCUGACCACUGAACUGGUCUACAUCCACAGCAAGCUGCUCAUUGCUGAUGACCGACGGGCCAUAAUUGGCUCAGCCAACAUCAAUGACCGGAGCCUGCUGGGAGAGCGGGACAGCGAGCUGGCUGUCCUGGUGGAGGACCAAGAGUUGGUGGUGUCCGUCAUGGACGGGCAGGAGUACCAGGCGGGGAAGUUUGCUCUGAGCCUGCGCCUGGACUGCUUCCGGUGUAUUCUGGGUGUGACCCCUGACCUUGGUGUCAACAUUCAAGAUCCAAUCAGCGAUCACUUCUUCCGUGAGGUCUGGCAAGCCACCGCUGUAAGCAAUGCAAACCUCUACGAGCAGGUUUUCCGCUGCCUUCCCAGCAACGCUGUGCGGUCGCUCCGGGCUCUGCGGGAUUACGCCAGCGUGGAGAACUUGGCUUCCGUCAGCCCCAACCUCGCCCGUGAGAACCUGCAACAGGUGCGGGGACACCUGGUUCAGUUCCCCCUGGACUUCUUGGCUGAGGAGUCUCUCCUGCCUGCCCUCAGCAGCAAAGAGGGCAUGAUCCCCACCGUGGUGUGGACAUGAAG